AUGUUCUAUGCAGCUUACAGAGCUAAUAUCAGUCAGCCGGGGCCAGUUCAGUGGAAUAAGUAUUGUCGGAAGUGGUACAAGAAUGGAGUAUGGUCUCUUAUGGUUGUAGUGAAUAGUUGGACUGAUCGUAAUACAAGUACGUUUGAAGGAUAUAGUAUACAACGCUUACCCGAGGGUAUUAUUGCCGGGUACAGUAGUCUUGAAGAAGGAGUUGGUACAAGUAGAGCAAUAGUGUAUGAGCCACAUAUACAAUACAGUUACAAACAGCUUGUUGGGACUAUCUCAAACAGUAUAUAUCCGCCAAAAUUCGGAAUCACAUGCCUAAGUUUUGACACACGACUACCCUAA